AUCAAGCAAAAUAUGGCUUCUCUGACCACUGAAGCAGCAGCUAGUUCUUCAUCUUCUUCUCUCCCACUUUCUUCUACUGAUCACCAAAAUCAUUACACAUACCAGGUCUUCCUGAGUUUUCGAGGCAAGGAUACGCGUUCUAAUUUUACAGAUCAUCUGCACAGCCUUUUGUGUGACAGGGGAAUUGAGACCUUCAUAGAUGAUGAGCUCAAAAGAGGAGAAGAAAUAUCAUCGGCUCUUGUCAAAGCAAUUGAGGAGUCCAGAGUUUCAAUCAUCGUCUUCUCUCAAAAUUAUGCUUCCUCAAGGUGGUGCUUAGAUGAACUGGUCAAGAUACUUGAAUGCAGAAAAUCCAAAGGACAAGAGGUUAGAGCGGUUUUCUACAAGGUGGAUCCCUCAGAUGUCCGACACCAAAGAGGUGCUUUCGGUGAGGCAUUUGCUACGCUUGAUCAAUGCAAAUACAAGGACAGCAUGGAAAAAUGGAAGGCAGCUCUUAAGGAAGCAGCAGAUUUGUCCGGAUGGCCUUUCAAGGAUGGCGAGUCCGAGGCUAAAUUUAUCAAGAAGAUUAUUGGUGAGUUGUCCGCCCAAGUAGUAAACCCUUCAUGUGAGUUGCAAGUAGCUGCACAUCCAAUUGGAUUAGAGUCUUGUAGACAAGAUGUCAACAGACUUUUAGAUGCUAAGGAAAAUAUUGCUCUCAUGGUCGGCAUAUGGGGGCUUGGUGGAAUAGGAAAGACCACAAUUGCGAAAGAUGUGUUUAAUUCAAUUCGUCAUAAGUUUGCAUGCAGUUGUUUCUUGGCAGAUGUUAGAUCAAAUGCCCUAGCCCAAUUGCAACAGAGACUUUUGGUUGAUAUUUUGAAGGACUCAACUUUGAAGGUGCACAGUGUUGAUGAAGGAGUCGGUUUGAUCAAGGCAAGGAUGCGAAAUAAAAAAGUUCUCUUAAUCCUUGAUGAUGUGAGUGAUUCUAGCCAAUUACAGAACUUAGUCCCAUCCCCUGAUUGUUUUGGGCCGGGCAGUAGAAUUCUCAUAACAACAAGAGAUAAACGCUGGCUAAUUGCUCAUGAAGUUGAUGAAAUAUACGAGGUCCAGUUGUUAGAUGUUCAUCAUGCUUUGGAGUUGUUUAGCUUGCAUGCAUUCAAAAGAAAUGGACCUCCAAGCGAUUAUCUGGAACUUGCAGGCCGUGCAGUACGCUAUGCCAGCCGCCUUCCAUUAGCUUUGACAGUUUUAGGCUCUCAUUUAUUUCGUAGAAGCAAAGAGGAGUGGGAAGCUACAUUAGAUAGUUGUAAAGGAGAAGAUCCCCACAUAAAGAUAAGAAAUGUUCUUAAAAUAAGUUAUGAUGCUCUGGGAGUAGAUUUAAAAGGAUAUUUUCUUGAUAUUGCUUGUUUCUUUAAAGGUAAGGAUGUAAACAGUGUGAAACCAAUACUAGAAGCUUGCUACGACCUCAAAUCAAUGAUUGGUAUUAAACAACUCCAAGAAAAAGCCUUGAUCCGAAUUGACGCUAAGACUUUGAAGGGUGGUAGGAUUUGGAUGCAUGACUUGAUAGAAGAAAUGGGCAAAGACAUAGUGUAUCAAGAGUCACCUGGUGAGCCCGAGAGACGCAGUAGAGUGUGGAGUGAAGAAGAUAUCAACCACGUUCUAACAAAUAAUACAGGAACAAAUAAAGUUAUAGGCAUUCAGGUCCCACGGUCAUCCAUAUCUUUGAAUGCUAAAACCUUCUCAAAGAUGAAGAAUCUUAGAUAUAUUUCUAUGGGCAUAUAUCUGAAAUAUGAAUCCUUUUCUGGAGAUAUUGAUUAUCUCUCAAACCAGUUGAGGUGGCUUGAUUGGCCUCAUAGUCCGUUGCAAUCUUUUCCAUCCGAUUUUCAUGCAAACAAACUUGUAAAGCUCAAUAUUUCUGACAGCUGCGAAAUCACACGAUUAUGGGAGGGACGCAAGAAUUUUCCAAUUUUAACAUCUAUGGAUUUAAGAGGUUGUAAAUCCCUCACAGACCUCCCGAACUUCACCGGAAUACCCAACUUAGUAGAGUUGAAGUUAGAUGGUUGUGAAAGUUUAGUUGAGGUUCAUCAUUCUGUUGGAUUCCUAGAUAAGCUUGUGACCUUAAGUCUUAAAGGUUGCUAUAACCUAGUUACGUUGCCAACCGAAUUUAGCUUGAAAUCUCUCCUUGCUAUGGAUCUUAGUGAUUGCACUAGGCUAGAGGAAUUUCCAAAAAUUAUUGGAAAGAUGGAUUCUUUAGGAGUGUUGAUUCUAUCAUUCACUCGUGUUAAAGAAUUGCAUCUGUCAAUUGGAAAUCUCAUUGGGCUUAAUCAGUUAUGUCUAGUAGAUUGUAAAAAUCUUACAACUCUACCAUGCAGCAUAUAUGAGUUGCAAAAUCUAGAGAUCCUAGAUGUGAGUGGAUGCUCAAAUCUUGUUACAUUUCCAACAAAAGCAAGCAUUUCACAUGACCAUGACAGUGGUUCACUAGCGCUUCCCAAGCUUCGUGUACUCAGAAUCAACGGAUGUAAUUUAUCAACUGCAGAUUUCAUUGGGAGUCUUCAUUGCUUGGAAACAUUAACUGUACUUGAUCUCUCAAGUAACAAUUUUGUUAGUGUUCCUGCACUCGGCAAAUUUGUCAACUUGCAAAGGAUUGACUUGUAUUGUUGCAAGAGACUUCGAGAGAUUCUAGAGCUUCCACCAAAUAUAACCGAGGUAAAUGCUAGGGAUUGCCAAUCACUGGAGAGAUUUUUGAUAUGGCCCAAGUUUUUGAAAAUGCUACAGAUGAACUUGUGGAAUUGCCAUAGAUUUAGUUACAAUCUGGAAAAUAUUUUGCUGAAUAAUCAGAACAACUCCCCGUUUAGGCUUUUACUACCUGAUAGUGAGGUUCCGAAGUGGUUCCAUUGUUCGAAGGAGGUUGCUGCUAAUGAAAAAGGCGGGUCCCUUACAUGUGCAAUUUCUUUUGAAAUCCCAAGCCAAUUGAAUUGGGAGAACAUAGGAGUGGCUCUUUGUUCUGUUCGGGAAAGACGUAGUUUUAUGAUUGGCGAUGGAGUUGAUAUUUCCAUCAAUGGGUUAUUCAUACAUCGGUGCGAGUUGGGAAAGGUGGAUCAAAAGGGUUGGGGGCUAACUUAUCAGUGUCGAGUGGAAUUUUACUCCGCUCAUAUCAAAAGGUGUGGGGUUCACCUCGUAUGCCAACCACAGAAUGAAUCUUAUAUUACAGAUGAAGCUCGGCAAGGUGAUGGUGCCAGCAUGUCAGAACCACUAGCCCAGCCUCAUUCUGGAGAGGAAGACCAGGAUCGCUCUACAAAAGAUGUAACAAGUAAACCAAUAGUGAUAAACCCCAACAGUGGUGAGACCUAUGAUGGUCAGAGCAAGCAAUGGGUGGUAUAG